GGUCUGAAGAACCAGUCUCAUAUCAAGCUGAAUAUUGUGAGAUGUCCCCCAGUGACUACUGUACUCAUCAGACGGCCAGACCUGCGCUACCAGCUGGGUUUCAGUGUCCAGAAUGGCAUUAUUUGCAGCCUAAUGCGUGGGGGCAUUGCCGAACGGGGCGGGGUCAGAGUUGGUCACCGCAUCAUCGAGAUCAACAGCCAGAGUGUGGUGGCCACGCCCCAUGAAAAAAUUGUCCACAUCCUGUCCAGUGCUGUGGGAGAGAUUCAUAUGAAGACCAUGCCUGCUGCUAUGUAUCGCCUGCUGACCGCCCAGGAGCAGCCUGUUUACAUUUAACCCACAAACUGACCUCACAGAUCAACUCCCUCAGCCCAGCCCGGACCUCAUCCUGUAUAGCUGAUGAAUUGUAGUGAGUUGUUAAGAUUGUUCUGUUGCUCAAACUCAUCUAGCUGCAACACAAAAACCAAUAUUAUCCAUGUGUAUGUAGGCUUUUAUUAUUACAAUAAAAAGAUGUUCACACCAGAUACAUUUUCAGUACCUAGUCGUGCCCCAGAGUCUGCAGAGUUUCUUUAUGGUUUACUGUUGAUAUUUUGAAACACAAUAUGUAGUAACGUGUAUUGCCGCUUAGUUCAUGAAACUAAAUCAGUUUCCUCAUUGUUAAAUUAGAGGAAUGAUGUUUGUUUUGCACAGUAAAAAUCUUAUUUCCAAUCUUACACAUGAGUCACAUCCAGACACAGUGGUGGGCAAAAGUUUACAUACUUUCAUGACAUUGUGGGUCACUAGAUGCUUUUGGUAGCCAUCAACAAACCUCUGGUGUAAUUCCAGCUGAAUAUUUGAUCACUCUUCUUGCCACAAUUAGUCAAGUUCAUUUAAAUUGGUUGCUUUCCUGGCAUGGACCCAUGCUAGGCCCAAACAUGCUGAGGAAAGCUAUUCCAGAAGUAGAUGAAACAUUACUUGAUGUUGUCUGUCUUGAUGCUCAAUCAUCCAGCUAAAGAAAUCCCAAAAAGUCUGGCCGCAGAGUUUUCAGUGGGAGAAACGUUUCGUCAUCAUCAGCUGACUUCUUCAGUCUCAGCUGACUGCAGGUUUCCAACCUUAGAAACAGGACAUGUGCACAGUGACUGAAACCAGCAGCACUGAAUGAACACUGGGCUGGGAGGUCAGCUUAUGAUCAGUAGUAUGCAAAUUGCCAUGACCGCUAAUCAACAACCAUUGAUCAGUGGCCAUGAGUACCAUUCACAGAGUUGGGGAAUGUCUGCCAUCACAGCAUUGUAAGAUGGUGUGUAAAUCUACAGUCCUUUGCGCUUUAGUGAGUUCCUUUAAAUUUGUGAGUAUUGAUCGAUCAAUCUGAAUACUAUUAUUCUAAUCUAUAAUCUAUAAUCAUCAUAAGUUAUUAAACAUUAUGUAUAGAGAGUGAGAGAGCCUGCAUGUCCGUAUGCUUUUGACCCAGCAUGGAUGAGAGAAAAUCCAAAACAAAUUCAAACUUUUUCUCCUCAUUCUUAUUUUUUUAAAGUUUAUUUUAAAGGCCCAAAAUAAAUGUAACGUUCAUGCACAUGAUGGCUGUAUGUAAACCUCUGAACAUAACUGGAUCUGCUACUAGUACCCCGAGUUUCACCACAGGGCACUGCCGAUGUCUAGUUACAUUUUCUACACCAAACCCAUGUAUGAAAAAAACCCUCGUUUAUGUAGAAUUAAGUUACGUAGGCUUCACUUUGUGGGCUCAGUCGUGUUUCGACUCUCAGCUCAGAAUCACAGUAUUUUGAGCAGAUUAUUCUUGUUUAUUACCAAAAUUUAAUGGUAAAUUAACUCAUUCCUAUAUAGCACUUUUCUACUUCAUCCCAGCACUCACAGCGCUUUAUACAACUUGCCUCAUUCAUCCAUUUGUACAAGCACUUCUUUCUGGGGGUUGUGUUCGAUCUAACAAUCGCACACAUUCAUACUCGGUGGAUUCCCCGGAGAGCAGCUCGGGGCUAGUAUCUCGCCCAACGAUAUUCGGCAGACAGCCAGCGAUUGAACCAUGAACAUUUCAAUUAGUAGAUGACCUCCUGCACCACCUCCUGAGCUACAGCAACCCGAAAUGAUCCGUCAUCACAUUUUAAAAUGAGGUAAAUAUAACCUCAGAGGAACAACAAACCACGACAUGUUCCAACAUCAUUAUUCACUUAAUAUAAAUUCAGCCCAAAUGCAGAAGCAUGUGUGAAAAAUUAACUACUGUUUCCUGUAGGAAUUAAGUGGGUAAAUACACCUAUUUAUCCUGCAUGAGCAUAAUCAGUGAUUAUUGAUUAUCAGUAGAUUUGAUCACCUCUAGAAAAGGAAAGGUUUUAGCAGUUUGUGGAUCUGGAGCACUCAGUUAUCUAGUAUCUUCACUGCCAUGGAGAAAAGACAUCAGCAGUUACCUAAAAAGCAAUUAUUGCCCAUAAGGCUCUUGAGGGCAUUUCCAAACAGUUUCAAAUCCAUCAUUCUACAGUGACAAAGACUUUUCACAAGUGGAAAACAUUCAUGGCAGUUUCCUGUCGUCUCGUCUCAGUGAAUGUCUCAGCAAAUUCAUUCCAGCUCUCGCAAUACUCAGAGCUACACUCAGACUCCACAUGCCUCAGUUAGCCACGUUAAAUAUAAUACAGUAAGAAAAAACAUGGAACAAGUAUGGCAUCUUUGCAUUUGUUUCCGAGAAAAAGAGCCUAAAAAGAAUAUACCAGCAUGGCUUAGCUUUGCAAAACUGCAUCUGAACUAACUCGUUGGCUUCUUGUGCAGCAACAAGACCUGGGCACCUUGCAAUCAUUGAGUAAACUCCUCGGUAUACCAAAGUAUUCUAGAGUAAAAUGUGACAAAGCAAAUGUGAAGGUGUUGCAAUGGCCCAGUCCCACCUCAAGCUGGGUGAAAUGCUGUAGUGGACCUUAAGAGAGCUGUUCAUAACCGACAAAGCAUGGAAGCAGCUGUGUGAAGGACAACGAGACACCUGAGUGACUGAUGACAAAAGAUUACGAACGUCUUUGGUUGCUUAGGCAAAGCUCUAGACUAACUUUUUUGCCACGGUUGCAAGGCGCACCAGCACAAACGUUAGGCGCACCCAAAUUUUUCAACCGCUUCGCUUAACACCGCAGUUUUACAUGUGCACUUUUUGGGGGGAAAUUGCUGUCUAUACAGACAACAUUGAUGUGUAAAUGAUUAACAAAGUUAAUCACAAAGUUACUGAAAAAGUGCUUGUGUUUAAAGAGCGUUGGCACUCUUCGGCAAUAUUGUAGACAAUGUUAAACUUAAUCAUCACAUCGGCUCCUCUGACGACCUGUUUGCUGCUGAAAGGCCGCGGGGGGAGGGGACACUUUUAUCGCAGCAUAUAAUGUGUUUCUGGAUACACGGUGCUUUUUCAGCAUUCAGGGGCUGAUGGCUCCGUGUCAGAGCUGGCUAUGAAUUUCAGACGGAUCAGGCCUUAACUUAACAAAUAAGUUAUCAAUAGUUCUUUUCAUCUUUCCUCAUUACUGACAGCUACAUCCGCUUCUGUCGGGACUAGGCUGCUCACUGGGGCUGCGUAUCGUCACUGAUUUCUGUAAUCCAUUCGAUUCGAUUCAGUUUUGCCUCAAAUAGUCAGAAAUAUUAUAAUUCUGAUCAUUUAUCAGUACUGACACUGUGAGACUUCAUCAGAGGUGUGAGCAUCACAGCAGAGGCCUUUGUGUCAAAGUAACU